CAAGCAAUUUAAGAUUUUAAUGGAGUCAAUUAGUUUAGAUACAGAGAAAUGCUAUUUAAGUAUGUAAAUAGAUCUCCGAUCUUUAUUACCAAGUCUCCAACCAUCUGAUAACCUUAGAUUCUCAAUCGGUGCUUAAUACGACAUGCAUGCGUCUGUUUGAACAAAUACACCUCCCUGCGGAAAUUCUUUACAUGCUCGAAAUAAUCAACUAUUAAUGAAUUGAUAUAUUAACAAGGUGUGACUUAAUGAUAAAGGGCUGGAUCUUGAUUUAAAAAUUGGAAUUUAAUGAAAAUGUUUGGGAUGGCUUCUGUGACAAUAUUGCCUAAAAUUAGUGACUUUGUUUGUUUUAUGAAGUUAAGCAUCAAAUGUCAGUGAGAAAAAUAACAACAGCAAAUGGAUUAGAAAAAUGUGGUAAAUGGUAGAUUUGCCUAUAUAAUGGUAGAUUUGCCUAUAAUGGUAGAUUUGAUUGAGUGGAAAUAUUCUAAAACGUCGGAAACGGUUAAUAACUAGAUUUGUUGAAUAUUACUUUAGAUAUACAUGUACAUGAAUAUAUUUAAAUAUGUUUCAACAACGCGUUAGUUAUACUAUAAGCUUAUAACAUAGUUUAUAAUUUAUAGUUUUUAUUUCAAAUGUGUGAAAUUACAACGUUGAAACUUUGAUGUACCCUGGUUUAUGAUCAAACAAAUUACAUUUUUAAACUACAUCCUUUUUAUGUGGCUGAUGUAAAAUGUAGGAUUAUUUGUUAAUAACUUUGAUCAUAUUUGAAGGUCUGUAAUUGGGCUGACUAAAUAUGUAUUUAUUUAUAAAGAGUUUGAGUAAUAUACAUAGUUCCCGUCUAUUGAUGCGAAUUAAUGAAUAGGUACAAAAUGUUGAAGUCAAAGGUAAAUUUUUAAUGAUGAUAGGUAAUGACCAGGCUAUGACUCUGUGAUAUUAGUUAAGUGGAUAUAAGACAAAGUAAAAGCAAUUAAUGGUUUGUUAAUUACAAGCCAUGGAAUAGCUGCGAGUUUCAGAGAAGCCAUUAGAUACUGGUAUAUCUGGAAGUGAAUCGAGGUAUUAAGCGUGAUUUAUUUAUCGGCGAGAUAAAAGCAGACGAUAAAGUGGUGCAAACAGAAGUAGAAAACAAUUUACAUUAUUCUGCCGAAUUAUGUUUGAGAUAUUGCUAGGAAUUUGUUGUUCGUUAAGUCUCGUGUAUGUGUUCUUAUGUGUUUGGCGUCGGCGGAAACGGAAGCUGCCCCCGGGACCUCAGGGGUAUCUUUGUUUUGGAAACAGUUUUCAGAUAGACGCUGACCGGAUUCAUCAUGAUCUACAUAAAUUCCGUGAAGAAUUUGGACCAUUAUUUAAACUGAAAUUAUACGGUACUAACAUAGUAAAUUUGUCGUCUGCUUCACUUUUGUAUGAAGCAUUUGAAACGACGCCGACGGAUGAAAUUGCAAACGAUCGGUCGGCAAACUCUACCUCUGACAUUUUCUACGGUCGGAAACAUAUGGGAUGUGCAAAUUUAUCAAAUAUCACUCUCCUUCUUCGAGAAUUCCAUAAAAGUGCAAUACCUAGAUAUUUUGAGCGUGAACAGUUCUUUGAAUUACUUAAUAAAGAGGAAAUAAAACGAUUACAUUUAAAUCUUAUAAGUAAGCCAACGUGCAAUAUUAACCCGCACGAGUAUUUGAGGACAUAUUUUAAGAACGUAUGUGCAAUAUUGUUGAUCGGCGAACGUCUUUCCGAGACGGUUCCUGACACAGACGCGCCAUGGGAAUUCAUUGACCUUCUGUUUGAACUUAUCGAACCUUCGGUAGAUGGCGCUCUCAGAACAUUUCCGUUUCUUAGACACCUGCCAGGCUACUAUGGUGAUGUGUACAGACGGACAGUUGAGUCAAGGGAUAAAGUGGCAAAAAGAUUCUUCGAGGACCAAAAGAAAUCUUACAUCUCUGGAAGGAUGAGAGGCCUUGUAGACGUGUGUUUAAUGAGACAAUCAGAUGACGUCAUCAAAACCGGAAGCACGUUAUUAAGUGACGAACAUAUCAAAGGUUUUAUAUUUGACACCCUUGCGGCAGGAAUGACAGAGUUGUUGAAGAGUAUCCGCCUCUUUAUUUUACUAAUGUGUCACUAUCAGGACAUACAGACACGCCUACAAGCAGAAAUUGACAACGUCAUCGGAACUGAACGAUUUCCGGAAGUGUCAGACCGGAAGUGGAUGCCAUUUACGAACGCUGUCAUGCUUGAACUAUUGCGUUACGGCUCACAGACACCAUUAGCAAUACCUCAUUUGUGUAAAAAGGGAUUUCUUUUAGACGGGUAUUACAUAGAAAACGGGUCCGUGAUUUUUCCAAAUCUGUACAGUAUUCAUCAUGACUCAGAAAUAUGGGGCGAUCCUUGGGACUUCAGACCUGAAAGGUUUCUCGACAACAAAGGGGAUCUCCUUCCGCCCGAUCAUAGUUACAUACGGAACGUUGUUCCAUUUAGUCUAGGAAAAAGAGCUUGUCCAGGACAGGAUUUUGCAAGGUCAAGGAUAUUUAUAACCAUUACGUCACUGUUGCAGCGCGUGCGCAUUUUGCCGCCAGAAAACUACGACUUGCCGUCUGCAGAUCCUAGAUUGUACACGAGAAAAUACCCCAUGGCGGAGCCUCAGUAUAAAUGUCGAAUCAUUUCUCGAGAAAAUAUUAUACUUUGAUCUCAUUAUGCACCAUUAAGUUGUCAAAAAUA